AUGUCUAUUUCUCAAGCAUCAGUGAUCCAGGACUACGCAAAUCGCACACCAGGGACCGACGGCUGCCCAGGCCACUUUACUGCCGGCGAACAGCGCAAGCUCGGCAGGCUGUGGACGCUACUUCUGAAAUACCUGGAUGAAGUCAAGGAUAAAAAUGUCAAAGUAGUCGGUGAAUUUCUGCAAAAAAUCGACCACGACUGGUCCACACUCAAGCCAGACGAAUCACCCAAUCCUACCGAAGACCCCGAAGCUCUAACCAAAAAGCACGUGCAAAUUGUGCCGGAUGAGUAUAUCCCAUCGUUUGCGCAUCCUGACAAGGAGACCCGCAAUCUGCGCGACGUAUUCUGGGAGGCUGUGACAAUCAAGGUGCAUCCAGACAUCUGGGUGCACCGAUUCCUGAGGUCUUCUGGGUGGGACGUGGACAAGGCAUUCGCCAUGAUCAAGGGAGUCAUCGAUUGGCGCGCCACUGAGGCUGUUGAUGUGAUCAAUCGCAAUGGCGAGUUGGGCAUCGGCCUAGAUGAGCUGCGCUUGGGCCUUUCACAGCUUGUGGGCAGAGACCGGCUGGGGUUCCCGCUGUUGUACGUGCGCGUGCGCCGCAUCAUGCCGCGCGCCAACGAGGGCUUUGUAUUCAAGCGCUAUCUUGUCAUGCUUUUUGAAGCCAUGCAGAUUAUAACGCGCAAUUACGGCAGAGUUACCAUGCUAUAUGACUUUACUGGAUUUACCAUGGAUAACACACCGCUGUCCAUGGUGCAAUUCAUGGUUCUUCUAGGGAUGAAGCAGUACGCCGAAGUCUCCAGCGUGCUGAUCCUUAUGGUCGACAGCUGGCUAUUCAUCAAUUCUUGGAACCUUAUUCGCCCAUUCCUCGAUACCAAUCUUAGCGCUCGAAUUGUUUUUGCAAAAACGGCUGAGGAUUUGCCGAUUGAGUUGGGUGGCAAGAACUCGUACAAGCCCAGCUUUGUGCUCCCCAAGGAAGGCGAAAACAAAAUGAUGUUUGACACGGAGGGCCGCAGGGCUGCUGAAAACGAGUGGCGGGCGCGCAUAUCGAACUUUGAAACAGCCACCAAGCUGUGGUCAGAGCAGAUCAUGUCCAUCAGAGACGUUGACGUUGUAGACCCACAGUUUCCGUGCACCGCUAAGCGCGAUGACGCUGCCAAGAUUCUUGGAGAUGCCGAGCUUGAAUUGAGCAAGUUCACAAGGUCGCGCAAUAACUUUGAGCGUUUGGGGUUUGUAGGCUCUGAUGGAUGUCUGCAAAUGCCAUGA